AUGCCUUCCACAUCUUCUCAAAAAUCGGUUGGGUCGUCAGUCGUGGAUGAAAAUGAUCCACAAGUUGGAAAAGUUGAAGUUUCUGGAGAUGGAGGUGAGUUUGUUGUAAUCAAUCGUCAUAAAUAUUAUAGACAUGAAUUGAUGGCAGCAUUUGGUGGUACAUUAAAUCCAGGUGCUGUACCAUGGCCAAAGAUCAAUAUAAACCCAGCUCCUCUUGGUUUAUGUGCUUUUGCAUUGAGUACCUUUGUUUUGUCACUUUAUAAUGCUCAAGCCAUGGGAAUCAAAAUUCCAAAUAUUGCUGUGUCUCUUGCCUUAUUCUAUGGUGGAUUGGCUCAAUUCCUUGCUGGAUGCUGGGAAUUUGUUACCGGUAACACUUUUGGUAUGACAGCAUUAACAUCCUAUGGGGCUUUUUGGUUAAGUUUUGGGGCCAUUUUCAUUGACAGUUUUGGUAUCGUUGCUGCUUACGAAAAGUCAGAGGAAACUGUUCCUCAGUUAAAAAAUGCUCUUGGAUUUUAUUUACUUGCUUGGGCAAUUUUUACAUUCAUUUUAUGGUUAAACACACUCAAGUCUACUGUUGCCUUUUGUGCUUUAUUCUUUUGUUUAUUUGUUACGUUUAUCCUUUUAGCUGCUGGUGAGUUUAGUGGGAAGACUGCUCUUGCUCGUGCUGGUGGGGUUCUUGGUGUGAUCACUGCUAUUAUAGCUUGGUAUGUUGCUUUGGCUGGUACAGCUACCACUACAAACUCUUACUUCAGACCAAUUUCCAUUCCAAUGCCAGGAAAUGUUGCUUUCAAGAAAUAG